AUGGACAGGAUGCUAAGUGCUAUUGAUCAUGAAGGAAAUAGCAUUAUACAUCUCGCAGCACACCAGGAAUCCCCUCCCAGCACUCCCCCUGGAGUUUUGGAAAUGAUGUGGGAAGUCCUCUGGUUUAAGCGGGUUCAAUAUGACUCUUAUCCAUAUCUCUGGCAUCUGCAAAAUUCUGAUGGGAAGACAGCAAAGCAAGUGUUUGAGACGAACCAUGCAAGUCUACGUGAAAAGGCUGAGGAAACUGUGAGAGCAUUGGCCAACACUGUGUUGAUUGUGUCUGUCCUCAUUGCUACCAUAAACUUUGCUGCAAUUUUUACUGUACCUGGAGGUUUCGAUCAAACGACUGGAGAGGCCAUUUUUCUCAAGAACCGGCGCUGGGAAUUCAGCUUGUUGAUGUUCUACUUAGCAGGAGGGCUGUUCUCCUCUCUGUUCACCAUGGGGACCCUGCUUGUGAUUAUCUUUUUGCGAUUUGAAACCGAGGAUUUUUAUGUUUCCCUGCCCUGCUACUAUGUGAUAAACAUAAUUUCCAUCUUCUACUCCGCGGUCCUCGCAAUCGUAGCAUGUUGCCAAGCAUUAAUAGUGCAGAAGGUUGUGAUUACUGACUUCAGACCCCUUGUGGUGCUCUUCUUUAUCUAUGGUCUGAUGGCCCUUGUGCUCAUGGAAACGUCGUAUGUGAUAUUCGACUAUGCGUAUCACCUAAUUCGUUACUGCCUUUGUUAUAGAGGGCAAGAAUCUUAA